GCUCCCCGCCCGCUUCUCCGGCUCCUGCUGCGAGGAUCAGGCUGUCUUUGGCAGGAGGAAGACCUUGGAAAGUUGCACACAUUCCUGGUGCGAGGGAUCAAUCUGCUGCUUCCAUUCUCUCUCUCUCGGAGGAAAGCACGGAAUGGCUGCGCACGGGGGACUCUGGGACCACCGCGAGGGGAGGAGGGAAGCUCAGCCCCCUUCCCAGACGGCUAUAAAGCCGCGACGGGCAUCCUGCGAACUCCUCAGAGCAGAGCCAGGAGGCAUCUGGCAGAGGGAGGGGGCAGUUCACCGACGGGACGAAGCGUCUCGGGCAAUAAAGUCCCCACCCGACGAGCUCGGUCGGGGCUGCGGCGGAGGAAGGGUCCCCCGACGGCUUCCCGCGUCUCUCCACAGAAACCAUUUUUAGGACUCCCACGGGCGUGCGCCCCCCAUGGCGGAAGGCGGGAGCCGCGACGGGACGCCCGGCGCGUUACUCAAGAGCGCCGUCCAGCCGGCGCUGCUGCUUUCUUGCGUCCUGCUGCUGUACCUGUGGGCGAGGAGGAGCCCCCGGACGGCGGGCAAGAGCCUCCCCGGCCCCGUCGGGUGGCCGCUGCUGGGCAACGUGCUGCAACUGGGCCGCCUGCCGCACCUCACCUUUGGCGAGCUGGCGCGGCGCUACGGCGACAUCUUCCAGCUGCGCCUGGGCCGGCGCGCCAUCGUGGUGCUCAAUGGGGAGGCGGCCAUCCGACAGGCCCUGGUGCAGCAGGCCGUGCCCUUCGCGGACAGGCCCGACUUCCUCUCCUUCCGCCUGGUGUCCGGAGGCAAGAGCAUGGCCUUCGGGCGCUACAGCGAGCGCUGGGGAGCGCAACGGCGGGUGGCGCACGCCACGCUGCGCGCCUUCUCGACGGCCAACACGCCCAGCAAGCAGCUCUUCGAGCAGCACGUGGCGGCCGAGGCGCAGGAGCUGAUCGACGGCCUGCUGCGGCUGAGCCAGGGCGGCGCUUACGUCGACCCUUCGCCGCUCUUCGUCGUGGCCAACGCCAACGUGAUGUGCGCCCUCUGCUUCGGGCAGCGCUACAGCCACGCCGACGGCGAGUUCCGCGCGCUGCUGAGCAGGAACCACCGCUUUGGACAGACGGUGGCGGCGGGCAGCUUGGUGGACGUGCUGCCCUGGCUGCAGGCCUUCCCCAACCCGGUGCGCAGCGUCUUCCGAGACUUUCAGGCGCUCAGCCGCGAGCUGUACGACUUCGUGUGCGCCAAAGUAGCGCAGCACCGCAGCACCUUCCAGCCCGGCGCCCCUCCGCGCCACAUCAGCGACGCUAUCCUGGAGUGCAUGGAGCACGGCCCCGGCGCGCAGCAGGGGCUGGGAGGAGACUACGUCGAGGGCACGCUGGCUGACAUGUUCGGCGCAGGUCAGGACACCACCUCCACCGCCCUGACGUGGGUGCUGCUGCUCCUUCUCAAGCACCCGCAGCUUCGACGGCAGCUGCAGGCGGACCUUGACCGGGUGGUAGGCCGCUCGCGGCUUCCGACGGGUGACGACCGCGCCUCCUUGCCUCGCCUGGAAGCCUUCCUCCACGAGACGCUCCGCUACAGCAGCUUCGUGCCCGUCACCAUCCCGCACGCCACGGCCGCCGACGUGCUGCUCGACGGCUUCCACAUUCCCAAGGGCACGGUGGUCUUCGUCAACCAGUGGUCCGUCAACCACGACCCGCUGCGCUGGAAGGACCCGCACGUCUUCGACCCGACGCGCUUCCUGGACGCCCGGCAAGAGAACGUCGACCGGGACCUCAUGCACCGGGUCAUGAUCUUCUCGACGGGCAAGAGGCGCUGCAUCGGCGACCAGCUCGCCAAACUGCAGCUCUUCCUCUUCACCGCCAUCCUUCUGCAGCAGUGCGAGCUGGAAGCCAACCCGGCCGAGGAAAUCACCUUGGAGUACGUCUACGGGCUGGUGCUCAAGCCCUUGCCUUACACGGUGUCCGUUUCCCGGCGAAGCGCUCUCCCUAACGGAGAGGAGGAGAGAGGGAGCCUCGGGGGGAUCGUCGAGGGCGCCUCUUAGCAAUGGCGCGGCCCUCCCCACCAGAAAGUUCUCCAUAGCUCGAGGUCAGGCCCCUGCUGGCUUUUCAGAGCUGCCCUCUGCCAGAGGAAGUUAAUGUUUUCCCCCACCAGUCCCUCUCCCCCUAACUUUCUGAAGCUCAUGUCUUUCACACAGGGAUGGGGAACCUGCCGCCCUCCCAGAUGAUGGUGGCUUGGCCUGAAGCUCCCAUCCGCCACAGCCAGGAUGGCCAGUGGUCAGCCAGGAUGGGAGUUAUAGUUCAGCAACAUCUGGAGAGAGCCAAAGGUUCCUUUCCUCAUCCCUGGCAGACAUUGCGCUGUGGGAAGCUUAAACCUGCUGGGGGGGGCGUUGUUUCUGAGCCUGCGGUCAGUUUGCAGCCAAACUGCACAGCUCACCUGAGUGCUCCAUGCAGAGUCCUCCAAUCAAACAUCUUAAAUUUGAGAUACAUUGAGACUAUUGUGACAGGGGGGGGGGAGAGAAACACAUUAUUGUGGUGUGGGAAAUUCGCAUCAGUUACUUCCUUUGGGAUUGUGAAGUUUUGUAAUAAAUGCUCCUUUGAAGCAGGCAACCAUGCAGACAGAAAAAGUUUCCUGGAUUCUCCCAGCUCCCCCCUCCAAAAAAAAAAAGUGUCAAGAAGUUUGUCACCUAACAGUGUUGUUGAUCAAAAAAAGAAGGUAAGGUUGUGUUAUGUGGUAAGCAUUUUUAUAGGAAGCAUUUAUUUGGAAAUAAUGUGUAAUCGGUGUGAAGAGUAUCACAGUGACAAUGCCUUUAACUUGCAGGUCCAUCAGCUGGGAAAUGACACUUAGGGGUGGCAGCACAGCACUUAGUUAUUAUGUAUACAUGUGCACAGUUGUCACUUGGAACAAUCCCCAUGCAGUUUUGUAUCCCCUCCCACACUUGUCAUAUUUAAGCAGAACAAGAAGAGAGAUACUCCUUACCAGUGGAAGGCAGGAGCAAGUAAUCUGUGCUCUGACUUUGCUAAGAAUUAACCCUGUGGCUCCAUCCCAUCUCAGAGGGUGAGUCGUAUAUAGAGUUAUCUUUCAUUCAAACAAACAAAAAAAGACAUGGGGAAAACCUUUGGUUGGUUAGUGCUGCUAAAUAUGGGCCAAAUUAUUCAUGUAGCAACCUCUCCCACUGCCACUAAAGUAGGUACAGGGAAUCUGUAGCCCUCCAAAUGUUGAUUAACUACAAUUCCCAUAAUCCCUUAAUAUUAGCCAUGCUGGCUGCAAACAACAUCCGGAGAGUCACAGUGCCCCAUCAGAGGAAAGCAGCAGCAGUGGAGGGGACCACAACCCUUUCCUGUUCCAUUGGCUUUAUGCUGAAAUUCCUCCACUCUCUGGGGUUGAGAUACAUGCCUAUGACAGUUAUGGUUGGAACACUGCCAGCUGUGGGGGGGAGCAACACAGAACAUAAGAUUAGCCAGUGGCCAAAUCUAGCCCAGCAUCCUGUUCUCACAGUGGCCAGCCAGAUGCCUGUGGGAAACUUGCAAGCACGACUCCACGCACCAGAGCACUCUGCCCUCCUGUCGUUCCAGCAGUUGGUGUUUAGAAACAAUACUGUCUCCAACUUCGGAGGAAGAGCACAGCCAUCAUAUUAGCAGCCGCUGGAAAAAUGGCAGGCAGGGGAAGGGUUAAGCAACUCUGAUGCUUCUCUCAAAACCUGCUUUUUCUUAGAAGCACCUGGCAGCAGAAGCUUGCCACUUGUAGACCUAGUGCUCCUGCUCUGUUCUUGACCAAGCCUCUUUAGUGUCCAUUAGUAGAUCACUCAAGUUGCAGCACAGAUGUGACACGUCUUGGCAGCUUUGUCACUUCCAGUUUGAGCAGAAAUGUAAAUGAAAAUCUCCUUGUAUAGUGUGCACACUCAGCCAGCUUGCCCCCUCCUAGCCAGGGAACAGGAAAUACUUUGGCUGCAUUUUUCUGCACUGGGUUUGUGGGAGAAACUGUUCUUUUUCUGUUAUCAGUGGUUCCUACCUUGAAAUUCAACUCGGAACCUACCAACUGUUUUUAAUAAACGUUACCAGAUGAUUGAUUAGAAAUAGCAUCUAGACCAUUACGCUUUAACGUGAUAUGAAAUCAAGACACUUAAAUUUCCUCGUUUGCCAGUUCUACUCUUAACAGCAUUUCCCCUGUACUCCAUUGGGGAUUGCAUUCUCGCCGUGUGCCAGACCUCAGAAUGGAGAGCCUCUUCCGUCUCCCACCUUCUUCCGAUUUCCUUCCUCUUUGCCACUCACAUGAAAUUGGACCAGGGCCACAGAUUGUCCACCACCACCCCCCCGCACCUUCCAGCUUUUCCCACCCCCAAAAGCCGGUCAUGUGGCUGCAGUUAUGGUGGACAAAAUACUCAGUACUCACAAGCCAGUUACUGUAGAGUUAAAACAAAAUAAAAUCUACGUCAGACCAACACGGCUACCUACCUCUUACUGUAGAGUUGUUCUACUGCCAGCAUUGGAGGUGCUGUGGAGGAAGGAGUUGGAGAUGCAGACUGUUUUGAGCCUGCUUGGCUUUCUGCCUGCACAUUGGGUGCAUGUGAGGUUGACGAGAAGAGCAUCAGCCUAACACACUCCCCCAUUUUACCGCAUAGAAGUUAAGCACAUGAAGGUCUUGCAAAAAGUAACCUGUGAAGCAGCCAUAUGCUUUGGAAGAAGCAAGGAGAACUGAACUCUUCUUAGUACAAUGACGGUGACUCAACUGCACAUUGCGCUGCUAGUUGUCUGUUAUCAGGGUGAUCAAAGAUAAAUAGGAGUUGGGAGUCCAAAAACACUGAGAGCCAGAGGUUCCCCAUCCCUGUUUUAAACACAAGUGCAAUCUGCACUUGUUUGCUUUUUGCUGAAAAGCAAGGAGUUAACUUGCAUAGCUGUUUCUUCUUUCCAGCAGCCUUUAUAUUUGUCUAGUAAGCCACAUAUUCAGGAAAGGUUUUGAAAUGCAUAAAUAAUAUAGCCUAUUUUUGAAUAUACCUUUAGGCGUUUCCUUAUUCCUAUGUUUGGGUGAAGACCAUAAGUAGCACUUUUAAAAAUAUUCUUUUGUAUUAAACAUUACUUGAGUGUUAUUUAACAUUUUUUAAAAUGUGACUAUUAUUACCUCCGAAUAAA